CUGUCCCUGCAGUUCGCCGAUCAGACACCGAUGGGGUUCCCGAUGGGGAAGUCGAUGCUGGUGCUUCUCACCUUCUUGGCCUUUGCCUCGUGCUGCAUUGCUGCUUACCGCCCCAGUGAGACCUUGUGUGGCGGGGAGCUGGUGGACACCCUGCAGUUUGUCUGUGGUGACCGCGGCUUCUACUUCAGCAGGCCUGCAAGCCGUGCCAACCGGCGCAGCCGUGGCAUUGUCGAGGAGUGCUGCUUCCGCAGCUGUGACCUGGCCCUCCUGGAGACCUACUGCGCCACCCCCGCCAAGUCUGAGAGGGACGUGUCGAUCUCUCCGACCGUGCUUCCGGACAACCCUGAAUACCCCGUGGGCAAGUUUUUCCAACGUAACACCUGGAAGCCAUCCACCCAGCGCCUGCGCAGAGGCCUGCCUGCCCUCCUGCGUGCUCGCCGGGGGCGCGCACUCGCCAAGGAGCUCCAAGCGUUCAGAGAGGCCAAGCGUCACCUUCCCCCAUCGUCCAAAGGCCCUGCCCACGGGGACUCCUCUCCGGAGAUGCCCAACAACCAGAUGUGAGCCAAAUUGUCGUAACUCUGCUGCGCCGCGCCACCGCCUGUGACCCUCUCCUGACCAGGGACGGCUCCAUCUUGUCCCACCUCUGAGAUCUCUCUGUUCCAUUUCUGCUCCAUGGGCUUCUUCCACCUGCCCUCCUGCCCCGCCUCCCGUCAGGCUACUCUGCCCCACUCCAUCGGGCUGGAACCACAGUAACAUCUUCAAGACCUAAUUCGAUUGGCUUUAAAACGUCCCUAAAAUGCCCCCGAAAUUGCCCCCAGUUGAAUCUGCAUAUCAAAAACUCAAUAACCAACCCCCCAAUCUCACGCAUAGUCCCCUUAAAACUAAUUGGCAUUUUAGAAACACCACAAAGGCUAAUUAGCAAUUUUUAAAAAAAUCUUAAAAAAAAUCAAUUGGCUGAAAAAAAUACUUAAAAAAUUGGCUUAGAAACAAUUGGCAAAGUAAAGGAAUUUGGCAUGCCCCCCCCUUCCUCUCUGCCCCUUUGGACCUUGAGUCAAAUUGGCUUAGACUUGGGUCUCUGAACCUAAGAGCAAGGAAGGGGACCAAAAUGUCCAGUGGGCAUGUGCUUGCUUCUGUGCUGUCUCCCCGGUGUGUCGCUCGAGUGCCAGCUAGCUGUUAGACAGCAGAGCCACCCAAACUCAUUCUUCACUGUUAACACACCACAGCGGGUGGAGGUCCAGCGAGACCAUGGCAGGGGACAGAGCGUGAACACGGCAAACAAAAUGUAAUUGGCAUGAGCCCCCAACCCCCAAAUCUCACAUCUCAGUCCCAACCCUAAAAGGACAGGCCCCCACACACUACCUGCACCCACCCCCCUCACAAUUCACAUCUGACACACACCCCACACUCACACCCCCCACUCACACACACACACACACACACACAUUAGAUGAAUAAGCUGAGCAGAACCAAUCAGCCCACCUCUCUAAGCCACACUUGGCAGAUUAGGCCCAGGUCCAUCCUAAAUUCUCCAUGCCGUUGUGCAGUCCAGGCUCCCUGGCCACCCUUGGAGCUCUACCCCACAGUCCCCUGCAGCCUGAGCCUCCUCUGGGCUCCUAGAUCAGACCCCACCCUAGCCGAUGCCCUGUGCAUCCUGUAAGCGGUCCAGCUGCGGUGAGGAAUGAGUUUGGCCAGACCGGAGACAGCAUAGCCAAGCAGGACAUGUCUUUCUAGUAGCCUGACUCCCUGGGUGUGCUCUGGUAGAAAGAUCUGGGGGACCCCUCCCACCGAGCACCCUAGGGGCCAUCUUUGCCCCUCUCCUCGGAAGCCCUCCCUUUUGGGGGACUCCCAGGAGAUGGACAUGGAUGGUGGGAGAGUGGGAAGUCUGGCGGUUUGGAGGGGCGGGUGGGGGGCAGUGGGGGCCCGGUGGAGGAGCCCCUGGAGAGGAGGUGGCCCAGGGAGAUUUUCGGAUGACGUGUCAGGAGGAGGCACAGGAAAGCUUGCAGAGUUACAGAGAGAGAGAUUGGAGUCCAAAUUUGAAGUCAGUUGAUUCUUCCCCCUUUGUUUCUUGGGGCAUCUUUCCUUUUUUUUUUUUUUUGUUCUUUUUUUUGAUCCCUCCUUAGCUUUUUCGCGCUCAUGAAACCCAUCCCCAGUAACAGGGGAGCAGGACCCAAGGACGGAAGCGCAACCUCACCACCACCGUCACCACCCCGUCCUGCUCUCCGCCAUUUAUCGCCCUUGAUUUGUUUUUUGUUUUGAGUCUGUCCUGUCGCUUGGGUUGAGUCGGGAGUGGAGUCCCUCUGGGGUGCGACCACCACCCCACGGGGGAAUCGAGGGGAGGGAGAAGGCCGCAACCGGCCGGCUUCCCAGGAGGGUGGCAAGUCCUGGGAGGUUCUGAGGGGCGGAGGGGAGGGGCAGCGGUGCCUCCCAGGUGUCAGGAGGGUGCUCGGAGGUCACCGAGAAGGGGCCCCCAGCUGGCCCCGCCGGCUGGGGGGGAAGGGGCUCGGGAAGUGUAGGCAGAGAGGCUCCAUCAGGCGGGAGCAGAGGUGGCCGCCUUCCGCACACCUGGGGGGUGCUCCCCCCUCCCUCAGCAACACCGGACCCACUCCUCAGCACCCCACGUUGCCCCCAGGAGGUCUGGAGCUCUGGGGGCCUCCUGUGAACGAGGUGGGGUGAGGCCGGGAGUCGGGGAGGCUAGCGGUCUUGGAGUCCACAGAGCAGGAGAGCUGCCGUCCAGGGGGUCGCUUGGGCCCUGAGGCCUGCGGGUCUGGCAAUGCCUGGCAGCCACCGCCACGGUGCCUAGGGCUGUGCGGGGACCAGGGCGGCUGGAGGUUUACCUCACCCCCACUUUCUGCUUCCAGUGCAGCCCCCCUGCAGUGGCAGCCCGACUAGCAGUCUAGAGGCCGAUGCUUUUGGGCCCUGGUGACAGGAUUGGCAUGACCCAGGGGGCGGUCCGUGCCAGUCCGACCACAGCACAGGGGUCGCACCGCCGUGUUCCCGCAAUGGGCAUUCGGAACAUUGGACACAAACCCAAAUUGCAAAUUGUUGUCAUUAGAGAGUAUACAGAGAUUUGGCCUGAGAUCCAAACCCCAAACCUGAGAGGCACCCCAGAUUGCCCGCCCAUUCGGCUGGACACCCACCCAGUUCUACCGUGCUGCCUCUCGGGUGGGUGUCCGGGAGCACUGGUGGAAGAUCACUCUGUGUCCCCAGCUUUGUAGCUCUCCCCAUGGUCACGUCCCACCCUGACCUGGACACCUGCCUAGCCUCCCGUGCCUAGUGUGGUCCUCCAUCUUGUCUCCCUCCCCCCACUGUCUUCGGGGGACCCCCCUCUUGGGUCCCCCUCCUUACCAUCGACUGAAGACCUCCCACGCGCAGAACACCUUGGCUCCGUGCCACUGCCCCUGACCAUCUCCGCAGUGGCCCACGUGUUUACCCCGUCUCAGCCCCUUUAACAUGCUGUUUUCUGACAAUACCCAACGCUUGGGUUUUGUCUUUAACCUGUUAAUGCUUGCAAUCCUAAUAAAGUAAUUAAAAUUUUA